UGAAGCCCAGUCUCAUCCGGACCGUGGACUCAGUCCUGCAGCAGCUGUCACCUGAAGGAGGGUUGUGUCAUCCUGCACGGACACUUUGUGGAGCUUUCAGAUGUUCCACAGCUGUGGAAAUAUCAUGACUGCGAGGAUCCAGGGAGUGAAGAGCAAAGCCAUGAAAAAGAGCCGAGCAACAGAGCUGAUGGUGCGGGUUCGGCGAGCGCUGUGGUUGGUUCUGGGCAUGCUCAGUAUGUCCUUGCUGGUGGUGGCGCUGGGAGUCUACACAACCACCCGCACAGAGAGCCUGAAUGUCACUGGCUACACCUCUGGAGUGAUCCUGACCCUUGGAUCAUUCCUGGGCCUCCUGGGACUCAGCCUGGAAGAAAACCGCAGGCAGCUGCUGACUGCUGCUAUCGUUUUCCUCAGCUUUGGGGUCAUCACUUCGUUUCUUUGUCUGGUGAUCGACGGGGUCUGUAUUGUCUUAAGCAUGGACAUGCGCCCACUCAGAGCAGGGAGAUGCCAGUUUUACAGCAGUGGAAGCAACUACAUCUACGAGAAUUUUUACAUGUCUGUGUCGUGUUGGAGUCUGGAAGAGUCUUGUAACCUGACUGUACGGAGUGGGACCUGCUACUGCUGUGACCUGUACAACUGCGCAAAUGGAGGGUACCUCAGCAACUACUACGAGUUUGUUGGCGUGCAAAGCUGUGAGGAGGUUUUCACCUUGUAUAUUCUGAUCUGGAGCCUGACUGGUCUGAACCUUGUGGUCUUUUUUAUGGGAAUACUGACCACAGCAGUGUUGGGCAGCAUCAAAAACAUAAGGAGUAGCAGUCCUGUGACUGAGUCCUGCAUGAGCAUGGCGUCUUCUCCAACAGCUCCUCUGUUGAUGGACGCCAACAUACACACGGUACACCAGCUCCACCCAGGAGGCUCGGUUUAUUUCCCAGCAGCAGAAGAGUCAGCUGUCUCCCAAGGUUUUCCUGCAUCAUCAGUUCCUCACACAGAGUCCAAACCUGCUCAGUUUGCCCCGUUGUCCUACAGCGCUUAAGACCUGUUCUCUAAAGGCCUGUGAAAUACAGUGUGACCUAAGGUCAGUGUGGUGGAUCAGCUGUGUAUGAGGACUCCAGUGCAAACCCUUACUAUCAAAACCUGAUACAUACAUUAUACGUAGGACUUCAAACUUUAUUCCAACAGUAAAAUGGCUUCACUUUAGGUUCAAGUUGCACAAAGCUUUGAUUUUUUGUGAUAAUUGUGUGUGUUUUGGAUUUAUGUCCUAUGAACCGCCUCAUACAUCGUGUGCUACAUUUUUUUUUUUUUUUUACUAAAUAUUGCCCUGUAGACAAAAGUGCUUAAACACAUGUACUUUAUUUUGAAAUGUUCAUGAUGUGUAUCUAAUUGUAUUGACUGUUAUCACAAAUACAACCUGUCCCUGAUGCUUCUGCUGUCAGGGAAUAAAGUGAUUGUGAUGGUGUA